ACAACGAUUGUAGUGCUAUCGAUAUGCAUCAAUAAUAUCGAGCAAGAAAAAUCUAUACAGAAAUAUAAUUUUUCAAGGAUUUGUUUAAUGCAAUGUCCGAAGCGCAUUUGGAGGCACCACCGUCGGUGCGCCUGACCAACGAUGAUUUUCGCAAACUGCUUGCCACACCGCGUACCCCGACGCCAAGCUCCUCGUCCAGCAGCGCAACUGGCGGAGGCGUUGGUGGCGUCGUCGGUGCUGGCAGCGGUUAUUUGGCCACCGCCCAAUUUGCCACGCCCGCAACGCCCGGCGAGAAGAAGAAGAGCUCGAGCGGCAGCAGCAGCAGCGAACGCAACGAUUUGCGACGCAAAAAGAAGAAUUUCUAUGCGGCUCUCAAAAAGCAGGAGGAUGUCAAGCUGCAGGAACUGUCCGAAAAGUACAGAGAUAGGGCGCGCGAGCGUCGCGACAACGUCAAUCCCGACUACCAGAAUCCGAGCAGUACACCCGGCCACGGCAGCAAUACGAACGCCUAUCGGGCCGUUGCUCCCGACAUGAAAUCGGGCGUGGAUGCGGCGGAGCGACGUCGUCGUAUCAUCCAGGAAUCGAAGUUCUUGGGCGGUGACAUGAAGCAUACGCAUUUGGUGAAGGGUCUCGACUAUGCCCUGUUGCAGAAGGUGCGCUCCGAGCUGCACUCCAAAGAGGCCGAGGAGGAGGAACUGGCCGCCGCCUUGGCGCGCGAAAAACUCGCCGAAGCCGCCGCAGCCGCACAGCAACUGGAGGCGGAGCGUCGCGAGGCGGAGGACAUAAAUGCGAUCAAUGGUGCACUGGCGAGGAACAUCUAUAAUCUGAUCCAGGCACGCCGCUCCAAGGAGGUGCCGCGCAACGAGCUGUUUGCGCCGGGGCGAAUGGCGUACGUCAUCGAUAUGGAGGACGAGAUGGAGAUGGAUAUACCGACGACACUGAAGCGAUCCAAGUAUGAGGUGCCAGUGGCACGCGAGGAUAUUGCCACGCUGACCACCAAUGAUAUUGUCAUCAAUAAGUUGUCGCAAAUCUUGAGCUAUUUACGCGCUGGUGGACGCAACAAGAAGAACAAGAAGCGCGACAAGGAUAAACCCUUGUUCUACGACAAGGAAGUGGAGCAUGUGCGCGGCCAGACUGCGGCAGGUGGAGCAGGAGGAGGUGGAGGAGCAGCAGCUGGCAAUAGCAGCAGUGGCAACAGUGGCAGCAAAUCCUCGAAAGCAGCAGGCGACAACAUCUACGAUGAUGUGGGCGACUAUCAGCCCACAAUGCAACCACGCAACGAACGUCAUCAAUCCAAAUCAAUCAAUCAAUCCGGCUCCGGUGCUCCUCAAUCCUACUUUGGUGAUGCACCUGCAGAGGUGGCGGAGCCGGUUAUAACAAGCAUACCGCCACCACCGAAAAUCUCCAAGGCGAUGGCUUCCCGGUUCGCCAACGAACCGGAAGGCUAUGCCGAGUGUUAUCCGGGACUGGAGGAGAUGAACGAUGCCAUCGAUGAUUCCGAUGAUGAGGUCGACUACACCAAAAUGGAUUUGGGCAACAAAAAGGGGCCCAUCGGUCGCUGGGACUUCGAUACGCAGGAGGAGUACUCCGAUUAUAUGAGCACCAAGGAGGCGCUGCCCAAGGCCGCCUUCCAGUACGGCGUCAAGAUGCAGGAUGGCCGCAAGACGCGCAAAAACAAAACCGAGAAGAACGAAAAAGCCGAACUCGAUCGCGAAUGGCAAAAGAUUCAGACCAUCAUCCAGAAGCGCAAGUUGCCCAAGGAUGGCGGCGGCGGUGGUGCUGGCGGCGGCGGUGGAAGUGGUGCUGGUGGUGGCGAUGAGCCCGACUACAAAUCAGCCAAAUAUUAAUUGGCCAAAAUGGCAAGCGCAUCUUCAAAUUGCUGCGUAGAAUUAAUAAAUAAUUCAAAAUAAUUCAAAAUUGAUUUGAAUAUUUUUCGAUUUUCAAUUUGAAAUAUAAAAGUUGUCAAAUUCUUUUUAAAUUAUUGUCUCUUGACAAAAAUGAAAAUUAAAUAAUACAAAUUGGUAAUCAAAA